GAAACACAAGCUGAGUUGGCAGCACCAAAGGAAAAAUGAAGCUAAUCUGUUAAUCAGACAUACUCUCCACCACUACCAACAGUUAGUUGGUUGGUUGAUUGUUUUUGAGUGCUGACCUUGAAACGAAGUUAUGGCGGCAACUUGUGCUUGUACUUGUGUACCUGCAGCUACAGCAGUCAUUUCUACAAACCCAUCAUCCAAAAUCACCACUAAUUUAACUCUACCACCUUAUUGUAACAAUUACAACAACAAUAAGAAACCCUCGAUUCGAAGCAAUCCAACAAGGUUGUUGUUUACAAAAUUGAAAGCAGCUGGUUUAACUGAUAUUGAACCUGACCUUAAUGAAGACCCUCGUGACCGUUGGGCUACUAAUGGAGUUGCUCCUGAAGAUUUUGUAUAUGGAAAAUAUGAUGAACAUCACACAUUUUAUGAAUCUUCCGAGAAAGGAUCAUUUUGGGGCGCAGUGGCUGAAGAAUAUAAUUCCAUGGACCCACCUACUGGUUUCCAAGGGCUCAUUUCGUGGCUGUUCCUUCCAGCAGUUGCUGCUGGGAUGUAUUUCAAUGUUCCGGGGGAUUAUCUGUUCAUUGGAGCAGGUCUAUUUGUAAUCAUAUUUUGCAUAAUUGAGAUGGAUAAACCAGACCAACCUCAUAACUUUGAGCCCCAAAUAUACAAUAUGGAGAGAGGAGCUCGUGAUAAGUUGAUCGCUGAUUAUAAUACUAUGGACAUUUGGGACUUUAACGAAAAAUACGGAGAUCUCUGGGAUUUCACUUUGAAGAAUGAUGAUUUAUUAAAGAGAUAGUUACCAAGAAAUGGCCUUGGUUUGGGUUCUGCCAAACCGGCAUAGAUAAAGCAGUCACAACUGAAGAUGGUAGAGAAGCUCCUGGGAACAUUGAAUUGAAGCAAAUGCUAAUUGAUUGGGGAAGGGUGGCCUCAUUUUCUCAGCAGCAGGCAAAAGACAUCUUGAUUCUGAUGUAAAGUUGACACUAUGUUAUUAAUGCAUGUUGUUGAUUGUUCAUUAUGUUCAUAUAUAGCUAGAAUUUACAAGCAUACAGCAGUUUAUUUAGCAUCUUUUUUUGUUGUAGUUAUCUUACCUAUCAACAACGCAUUACAAAUGCAAACAUUUGUGGCUGUGUAUAGUUUGUUUGCUUACUUUGAGGUGCAAUGGCAUCCUGGCAAAGUCCUGCUGUUUAACUAUUUAGGGUUUUUGUACAA